AUGAAAAGUGUUUUUGGAAAGUUAACUAAGUUACAAUUACAAGCAAAUGGUUUAAUACAUCAUUGUGAUCAAUCUGGUGUUACCCUUAUUGUUCCUGAAGGAGCAGUUGAGCAACCAGCUACUGUAUGGUUUGGAGCGUGCUUAUGCAGUGAUAAGUUUAACUUUGGUGAUUAUGUACCUCUCACUCCUAUUGCGUGGGUAUAUAUUACUCAAAAGCUAAAAAAACCAGCAGAACUAUAUUUACCUCAUUAUAUGGAUGUUGAUAAGGCAAUAGGUAUCAAAGCAAAAUUGUUGCGAUUGACAGCAACUGAUGAUUGUCACUUCAAGUUUCAAAGAUGUGAUGACAAUCAAUUUGAUAUUGAAACAAGUGUUUUCAAGCUCCUUUCUCCUCAUUUUUGCUCUAAUUGCAUUGCUUCAACUUACGAGAUUUAUGAAGAAAUUCCUAAAAGGUAUCUGAUAGGUAAAUGUUUUAAGGAAACAAUAGAUAAAGGUUACUUUCAAGUUGAAGUUGAAUACAUAUUCUUAUAUUUUCAGCAAACAUGCAAAAAGAUGGUAGAGUCCCAGUGUGCUAAAACUGAAUUUUCAGCACCUAUUUUUCAGCCAGUGAUCUUUGAUAGCAGUUAUGUUUCUCUUACAUUUGAACCUGAUGAUGAUAUUGGGUGGACAAGGAAUAAUGGGGAAUUUAGUAUUCCUACUGUUUCCAUUGAGCAAAUUAAUCAUUACAAAGUCAUGAAUGGUGACAUUAAAAAUUUGAAAAAUUUGGAGUUAUUUGAAGAGAUCUAUAAAUACCCUCCACGUAUUAAAGUACAGUUUAUUAGCAUUAGCAAGAUAAUGCCUCCCAAAACUGUGACUGUGAAAUUUGAUGGAGUAAAAUCCUUCCCAGGAUCACUUCCUGUUACGAAUGCUAUUAUUUUAAAGUUAG